AUAGCGGCUAUCCUGCGUAUUUGGGUACUCGGUUAGCGUCUUUCUAUGAACGUGCUGGAAAAGUUACAUGUCUUGGAAAUCCAAAGCGAGAAGGAAGUGUUACCGUUGUAGGAGCUGUCUCACCGCCUGGUGGAGACUUUUCAGAUCCAGUUACUUCAGCAACACUUGGUAUAGUUCAAGUAUUCUGGGGUUUGGAUAAGAAACUUGCUCAACGCAAGCAUUUUCCGUCU